GUGUGUUAGUGCCAAUGCAAUAACAGUAUGAUUUAAUUGUAUUGUCUUAAUUGUCUGUUCAUAAAAAAUGACUUACAAACGUAAGAAGUAUCACAGAGGAGAUACUCAUUUAAAAAAAGGGUGGCGAACCAAGAGGAAAACGAAAGAUUUAGAUGAGAUUGAUGAAGAUUUGAAAGAUAAAAAUAUAACAAAUUUACUAAAUCAGGAAGUUGAUUUAGACAAACCUGGAGCAGGCCAAUAUUAUUGUGUUCAUUGCGCGAGAUACUUUAUAAAUGAUACUGCUUUACAAGAUCAUAUUACAACAAAAGUACAUAAACGUAGAUUGAAAGCUCUUGAAUUGGAACCAUAUUCUAUUGAGGAAUCAGAAAGGGCUGCAGGAAAAGGAAACUACAUUGCACCACAAAAGAGAAAGAUUGAGACAAUAACACGAGAUAAUUUUAAUAUGGAUCUUGAGUCAGAAUUUUCUUCAAAAUCUAAAGUGGCAAAAGUGGAUGCAUAGGAAUUAAGUUUCAUAAAAAGCAACACUUGCCUCUAACUAUAAAAAAUAAAAUUUUUUAAAGAUUUUUUUAAAUAUUU